AUGGUACGCAGAGAGAUGGACAACCUGUCGACAGCCGUUGUUUCUCUUACAAUAUUGUGUUUGGUACAUGUCGUUUCUGUUAUUGGAUUCUCAUCGGAGGACGAAACAAGAUCAUUGUUAGAACAAUACAAUGUGGUAGACGAAACAUUACUAUCAACUCCUUUCCCGAAAAUUCAAGGCCCGAAAUCUAAACAGGACCGAAUAGCAAUCAUUGGUGCUGGACCCGCUGGGAUCCACAUGGCUUAUAAACUAAAGGUAGCUGGUUAUACAAACAUAACUGUGUUUGAGAAGUCAAACUAUAUUGGUGGGAAGUCAAGAACAAUUUAUCAUCGUCAAGUGCCUCAUGAAAUGGGUACAGUUUACACUCAGCCAGAUUAUACAGAAAUUUACAGAUUGGUAAACGAAUUCGACGCAGGGCAUCUCCUACCAAUGCCGAGUCCAACAAUUUGGGUCAAUAAACAACAACCAGUUCCAAUGACAAAUUUACAGAACAUUCUACGAGUUUUGGUUGAGCUUCAUCCACAUAUCACUAAUACAACAGAAGCCAUGAGCAUUCUACAACAAGCCAUCGGUAAAUAUAUAGGACUUCACACUAAAAUGUUUGGAAAUUAUGAAGGGGAAUUGAUGCCCAGGCCUAUUAAAGCCAUAAUGUCCCAAGUUAACAUGACAUUUCUUGAGUUUCUAAAGAUUCAUGAUAUAGAAGUGUUGAAAGCAACAUUCAUGAGUGCUCUGACAGCUCAAGGAUAUGGACACGUAGACGAAAUUUCAACUUUGUACGGAAUGAUGUGGAUGACACCUAGGCUCCUGGCUGAAAUAUCCAAACCGCCAUUACCGGAAGUAAAAAGCGUCGUCAAAAUCUUAAGCAAAGGAUUUCAAUUUCUGUGGGCUGAAAUUGCAAGACAAUCUAAUAUCAAUGUCAGAUUGUCGAGCGAUGUUAAAAAGAUUUUUCGCUUAAAACCUAGCAACAAGUUCCGCGUUAUGUAUCAGAGAUGUCGGAGAUGGCGCAGAGAAACAUUUGAUUUUCUGAUCAUCAGUCCGACGAUGAAAUUUAUGUCAGAUGUCAUUACAUUUGAACCACAUGUCCAGGAGAUGUUUAGUAGGACAUUUAAUUACUACUAUACGACAACAUUGGUAGAUACUAAUUACGGAUUAAACAGGGGGUUGACUCCCCAGGAUUACUACGCUUACAACAUUAACAAUAAAGAAGAAAGUUCUAUCUGGGUUCACCGAGAUUCCUACUCCUCUCUUAAUUACAUUACAGGAGAAAAUUACACACGAGGAGAGUUUCCGGACGGUCCGGACAACAAAUACGUCCAAUCGUCCGUAUAUUAUCAAUUCUCAAAACAAAAUCCAGACAGGACAACACUUACCAAAAAAUUGAAAGAUCAUAUAAUGAAUGUAGAACAAGCAACCAUUGAGAAUGUAAUAAGCAGAAAAACUUGGAACUACUUUCCUAGGUAUUCCGUCUCCGACAUGGCAUCUGGGAUAUUAUGGGAUAUAUUUGAUAUCCAGGGAGAACAUAAUAUGUGGUAUAUUGGGUCAUCUGUGAGCUUUGAGUCGGUUAAAAGUGUUGUAGAGUAUAAUAAUCUAUUACUCAGGCAGUUUUGUGGUAUUUGAACGUAAAAAACCCUAUUCAAUGAAAAAACUAU